AUGUCUCCCAAUAUCUCUUAUGUUAUGCGUUUCCUUGUGACAAGCUUAUUGUUUGCUUCUGUGCUCGCAGUUCCAGACCCCGGUACGAUCGGUUUCAAGUUCAAGAAGAGGCUAGCCACCAAGUCUGCUCCUUCGACUGAAUUAUCAUACCCAGUGAUAUACAAACGACAAGAUGAUACGAUCAAUGCCGACAUCACAAACUUUCAGAUCUUGUACAUGAUCAAUAUUACCAUCGGCACACCAGGUCAAGGAAUUGGUCUCCAGCUAGAUACUGGCUCUUCCGACCUUUGGGUUGCUGCCUCUGACUCAGAUGUCUGCUCCUUGGGCUAUCCUUUCUGCAGCUAUUACGGCUCUUACGAUGCCGCCAAUUCGUCCACGUUCCGAAAUAUCACAGACUUUGGGGACUUCUAUAUCAGCUAUGUCGACGGUACAGCUAUACAAGGAAUCUAUUUUAACGACACAAUCAACAUCGAAGGCACAGAUAUUACUGGUGCCACCAUGGCUCUUGCCGAAUCAGCCGACCGAGAUAUUGGCAUCAUGGGUAUAGGUUUCACAGAAAACGAAUCCUCCAAUACCAUAAACAGAGACGAUCCUUUCACCUACCCAACUGUACUCGACAAUAUGAUUGCCCAAGGUCACAUCAACAGUCGUUCCUACGCCCUCUGGCUCGACGACCUCAACGACCCCGCCUCGACUGGCACCAUCCUCUUCGGUGGAUUAGACAUCGAAAAGUACGAAGGGUCCUUGGUCUCCUUACCCAUCCAACCAGACACCUACUCCGGCUCCCGCACCAGCUUCACAGUCGCCUGGACCGGUCUCAACAUCGACACCGGCUCUUCCACCAGUAACAACCAAAUAGACUUCUCACCCAGCUCACCUCUCCCAGUCAUCCUCGACUCUGGCACAACCCUUACCUAUCUCCCCGAUGACAUCGUCGAGCAAAUCUUCACCGGCCUCGGCGUAACCACCGACCCUGCAAUCGGCAACAUCGUCCCCUGCACCAUAGCCGCAAACAACUACACCUUCAUCUACACAUUUGGUGGCCCCAACGGCGCACAGAUUCGAGUCCCUCUCUCCGAACUCCUCCUCACCCUCUUCGACUCACGAACAGGCGAACCAUACGUCGACCCACAAACACCAAACGGCCCGCCCCUCUGCCAAAUGGGCAUCGACAAAGCAGGUGCAAACCCCCUUUUAUUCGGCGACACGUUCCUUAGAAGCGCCUACGUCGUCUACGAUCUGGAAAACUACCAAAUCGCCUUAGCACAGACAAACUUCCGCGCUACGGCCUCUGAAGACGGAGACGAAGUCACACAGAUCUCGGGCAGUGCAGGUAUCCCAGACGUUGUAAGCACAGCUUCAGAAGCGACUGUAGCCCAGACGUUCACGGGCAUACCGUUGAAUACAGAGGGUGGUGGUUCCGCGACGAGUGUGGGCUUUGGCGCGAUGACGAGGCAGGCGACUUUCAGUUUGAGUACGAGUGGGACGGUGGCGCCUAGUGCUGCUGCAGGAGGUGUGAUGAGUACUAACAGUGGGGGCACAGCGACAAGUAGUAGGACUACUGUUAGUGGAAGCAGGACUAGCAGUGCGUCGGUGAGUUCGACUGCGAGCUCGUCGCAAGGCGCUGCAAGUAGCUCUGCGGCCAGUGCGGCGACCGUCCUCAGAGUGGCCAAGGGCGAGACGCAAGCGUAUGUCUCGUUGUGUGUUCUGCUGGUGCUACUGUAUGCUAGCAUCGGUAACACUAUCUGA